CGCCUUUCUUCUGGCGCCGGGCUCCCGGGGCUCGGCGUCCCCGCGGGUCCCGGGGCGCGGGGUGGCGGCGGCGGCGGCGGCGGCGGCGGGGGGCGCGCGUGCUCCGGGCGCGGCGCCUGCACCAUGAACUACCAGCAGCAGCUGGCCAACUCGGCUGCCAUCCGGGCCGAGAUCCAGCGCUUCGAGUCGGUCCACCCCAACAUCUACUCCAUCUACGAGCUGCUGGAGCGCGUGGAGGAGCCGGUGCUGCAGAACCAGAUCCGGGAGCACGUCAUCGCCAUCGAAGAUGCCUUCGUGAACAGCCAGGAAUGGACGCUGAGUCGGUCCGUGCCGGAGCUCAAAGUGGGCAUCGUGGGUAACCUGGCCAGCGGCAAGUCGGCCCUGGUGCACCGAUACCACGGGACCUACGUCCAGGAGGAGUCUCCCGAAGGUGGCAGGUUCAAGAAGGAGAUUGUUGUGGAUGGACAGAGCUACCUGCUGCUGAUUAGAGAUGAAGGGGGCCCCCCAGAGGCACAGUUUGCCAUGUGGGUGGACGCGGUCAUCUUCGUCUUCAGCUUGGAGGAUGAGAUUAGCUUCCAGACGGUCUACCACUACUACAGCCGCAUGGCCAACUACCGGAACACCAGCGAGAUCCCACUCGUGCUCGUGGGCACCCAGGACGCCAUCAGUUCCACGAACCCGCGGGUCAUCGACGACGGGCGGGCGCGGAAGCUCUCCAACGACCUGAAGCGCUGCACCUACUACGAGACCUGCGCCACGUACGGGCUCAACGUGGAGCGCGUCUUCCAGGACGUUGCCCAGAAGAUCGUUGCCACGAGGAAGAAGCAGCAGCUGUCCAUAGGCCCCUGCAAGUCCCUGCCCAACUCCCCGAGCCACUCGUCCGUGUGUUCCGCGCAGGUGUCGGCCGUGCACAUAAGCCAGACGAGUAAUGGAGGUGGGAGUUUAAGCGAUUAUUCCUCCUCCGUCCCGUCCACUCCAAGCACCAGCCAGAAAGAACUGCGGCUUGACGCCCCCCCCACCGCCAGCACCCCGACACCGGUCCGGAAACAGUCCAAGCGCCGCUCCAACCUGUUCACCUCUCGGAAAGGGAGCGACCCAGACAAAGAGAAGAAAGGCCUGGAGAGCCGUGCGGACAGCAUCGGGAGCGGCCGAGCCAUCCCAAUUAAACAGGGCAUGUUGCUGAAGCGGAGUGGAAAAUCACUGAACAAAGAGUGGAAGAAGAAGUACGUCACCCUGUGCGACAACGGCGUGCUGACCUAUCACCCCAGUUUACAUGAUUACAUGCAGAACGUUCACGGCAAAGAGAUCGAUCUCCUGAGAACCACCGUCAAAGUCCCAGGGAAGAGGCCUCCCCGCGCCACGUCGGCCUGCGCGCCCAUCUCCAGCCCCAAAACCAACGGCCUGUCCAAGGACAUGAGCGGUCUGCACGUCUCGCCGAAUUCAGGGAAUGUCACUAGUGCGUCUGGGUCUCAGAUGGCAAGCGGCGUCAGCCUGGUCUCCUUCAACAGCCGACCCGACGGCAUGCACCAGCGCUCCUACUCAGUCUCCAGUGCCGACCAGUGGAGCGAGGCUACCGUCAUUGCCAACUCCGCCAUCAGCAGUGACACGGGGCUGGGGGACUCCGUGUGCUCCAGCCCAAGCAUCUCCAGCAGCACCAGCCCCAAGCUCGACCCGCCCCCCUCCCCCCACGCCAACAGAAAGAAGCACCGCCGGAAGAAGAGCACCAGCAACUUCAAAGCCGACGGGCUGUCGGGCACCGCGGAAGCCAAACGCAAAGCAUGGAAACUAAACCGUGUUGGUAGCCUGCGAAAUAUAUACAGCAGCAGUAGCACCAACACCGAAGAACAAGAAGAAAACUUUGAGUUUAUCAUCGUCUCCCUGACGGGCCAGACGUGGCACUUUGAGGCCACCACGUAUGAGGAGCGCGACGCCUGGGUCCAGGCCGUGGAGAGCCAGAUCCUCGCCAGCCUGCAGUCCUGCGAGAGCAGCAAGAACAAGUCCCGACUGACCAGCCAGAGCGAGGCCAUGGCCCUGCAGUCGAUCCGGAACAUCCGUGGGAACUCGCACUGCGUGGACUGUGACGCCCAGAACCCCAACUGGGCCAGCUUGAACCUGGGAGCCCUCAUGUGCAUUGAGUGCUCGGGCAUCCACCGGAACCUGGGCACGCACCUGUCCCGCGUGCGGUCGCUGGACCUGGACGACUGGCCCAUGGAGCUGAUCAAAGUGAUGUCGUCCGUCGGGAACGAGCUGGCCAACAGCGUGUGGGAGGAGGGCAGCCAGGGCCGGACGAAGCCCAACCUGGACUCCACGAGGGAGGAGAAGGAGCGGUGGAUCCGGGCCAAGUACGAGCAGAAGCUCUUCCUGGCCCCACUGCCGUGCACCGAGCUGUCCCUGGGCCAGCACCUGCUGCGCGCCACCGCCGACGAGGACCUGCGCACGGUCAUCCUGCUGCUGGCCCACGGCUCCCGGGAGGAGGUGAACGAGACCUGCGGGGAGGGCGACGGCCGCACGGCGCUGCACCUGGCCUGCCGCAAGGGCAACGUGGUCCUGGCUCAGCUGCUCAUCUGGUACGGCGUGGAGGUGGCGGCCCGGGACGCGCACGGGAACACGGCGCUGGCCUACGCGCGGCAGGCGUGCAGCCAGGAGUGCAUCGACGUGCUGCUGCAGUACGGCUGCCCCGACGAGCGCUUCGUGCUCAUGGCCACCCCCAACCUGUCCCGGAAGAACAACGGCCGCAACGGCGGCGGCGGCGGCGGCGGGAGGGCGCCCAGCAUCCUGUGAGCGCGCCCCGCGCCCCCCCUCCU